GCAAAGGGAGAGAUAUGGCGGGAUUAUUCGCAUGGGCAGCAGAUGUAGUCGGAGCCCACAAGGACGAUGAACAUCAAGACUCCAAUUAUUCAAUCCCUAUUCUCUUCACACCGGAACAACAGAACUACGUUCAACAACUUGACCGAAAGGCCGCCUCUCUCAGCCGUUCGAUCCAAGAUCUACGCCUCAGAUUACCUCCCCCUGAUAUCGCCCAACGCCUCCCUCACAUUCAUGCCCAUUCGCUUGCCUCCAAUGCCGCUCUUGCCCUCCAGCUCAAUUCUCACUCUGCUACUCGUGAACAGGCCCAAUUGAGAGAGGUAACAUUGCAGGAAGAAAAUGCGGCAUAUGCAAGGGCUAUAUCAAAUUGUGAAAGUAAAAUACUGGAGAAAAUUCAGGAAGCGAACUCACUUCAAAGAAAGUUAGAGGAAAUGGAUGAAAUUGAAAAAAAAUUGGAAGUAGAACUGGAAAGCAGGCAAACUGCAUUGCUUGCCAGCAAACAGAGAAGGCUCAUUGAAUCUGCAGCUGAAUCCAAAAAGGCAGAUGAAACCGGAGAAGAUACAGAAGUUCAAAAGUCUUCUCUAACAAGAAAACUAGAAGACAAAAACAAGGAAUUGAGUUCAAUGGAAGAGGUAGUUCAGGAAUUGGAGAAGAAGUGGGCGCAAGUUCAGCAUAAUGCACUGAAGCAGCCUUCCCCAGCUCAGAGAGAAAAGAUGUUAGACAAACAGCUUCACAGCCUCAUUGAGCAACUAGCAGCGAAACAGGCACAAGCAGAAGGCCUGGUCGGUGAAAUCCAUUUGAAAGAGAUGGAACUAGAAAAAUUGAAUGGUUUGUGGAGGAGAAUUGAAAGCAGCAAUGUAGAAGCGAGAAACCGGUUUGGGAGGACCAACUCUGAGAAAGGAUCUUCUUCUGCAGAUUUUACCAGCGACGCUCAUAAUAAACUUCCUUAUUACACUGGAGGCCGGAGUGAGAGCCAGCAGAAGCUCAUGCUUCUGAGGUCGGCUUUUGUGCUCUACAUUUUAGCUUUGCAUGUUGCUGUCUUCAUCAAGCUUUCUUUUUGAAGAACAUCUCUAGUAUACAUAUUAUAGGUCUUAAGCAAUAAUCUGAUAGUGUAAAAGUUAUGUAAUUUUUUUUUUUUAUUUAAAAAAAAAAAAAAAAUUUACUAUACUCUAAAUUGUUUCAAAAUGUUCUGUACAUUAAUG